AUGCCUCCGGCCACUCCCAAGCCAGAGCCCUCCGCGAACGCCACGGGGGGCGAGAUGUGGAUAGAAAAGGCCUCGGUGGACGUUCGAUAUCCUGGGCUGCAGGGGAUUCUGCUCCAAGAAGCCGUCUUCGACGACUACUCGGUGCGGCGCAACGUCACAUUGCAGUUCUUUGAUGACGACGGCGCGCAGACCAUCGUGCCUCACCCCGAGAACGUUCGCAAACAGGAGGCCAUCGUGAAUCACUACGCAAGGCUUGUGCGUGACUACGGGGUCAUCCCGGGCGUGCGCGGCGAGCCGCGGGGCAUCCAGUCGGACACUGCCAGCGGCAUGCCGGCCCUCAUGGUGACCUACGGGACGCUGAGCCGCGCGGUCUACAAGGCCGCCAAGAAGUGGCCCGAGAAUAAGAUGGCGCAGGUUAGCCUCACGAGAGGCUUGAGGAACGCUACCCUGUUCGACUCCCGCGCGCCUAAGGACGUCAUCAGGUGGCUCAGGGACUGGCACAGCGAAUUUCAUAACGGCAGCCGUUUUACAUUGCUACAAUAUUGGGAGCAUCUGAGCGACAUGAGCGCCGAGUACCAGGCGCGCGGCAAGACGGGCGGCGCAGUCAUGAGUUUCUGGGAUUGGCACUGCGCCAGGUUCAAGAAGGAAGCCGAGCGCAGGUUCAAGAGCGAAAACGAGAAGUUAGAGCGCUUCGAGAUUCAUGACAUGACGAUGUCACUUAUUGGAGAGAAGUGUGUUUUCAUCGACCCCCGCAUGAAUAACACGAACGCAAGUUUCAACAUUCACAUGCUGUCCGUUCAGGUGUUCCACGACGAGGUGAAGUCCGUGAUCGAUGGCCCCAUCCUGAAGCACGUCUUCAUGAAAGCGCUCUACUUCUUCUUGCCCUUUGUAUCUGCAGCUGACGAAGCUGACGACGACGACAACGCUACGCCGUCCCGCCAGCGAGUGAUCCCGUUCCUGUUCGAGAAGCAGAAUCUGGAUGUGGUCAGGAUGCUGAUGACAAAGAUGGACACUUCCGUGACGAAGAGAAAGGGAUUGAAGAAGUGGGAGCAGAUCAUCGCCAAGAGGGAGCAGGAUCAGGACAGCGCAGGGACUACCGCCACGCCUGCCGAGCCAGCAAAGAAGAAGACUCGGGGAUCCAACAAGAAGGUCGUCGCCAUCCAGACCCCCGCUGAGGAUUGGUCCGACCAGAGCAAGCACAUCUACUGUCAUUUGGCGCUCGGUCAGCACAGCUUCACCAAGUGGCCGGACUUGCGCGCAAAGCUCAGGACGCUUGCGACGCAGACGACUGAGACGAUGGCCGCAUCCCUGACGUCAAUCGACGGGGCCAAAUCCGUUGCCGACCUCCUAGUCGACUGUUUGAUCGGCGGCGAUGAGGACAUCGACGACAUCGACGGUCUUGCUGUCGCGCUCCAGCCCGGAACAUCGAACGACCAGCUACUGGCCCAUAUCAACCGCUUGUGGGCUAGCCAGGGUGAUCUCGUGAGGGAGUUCGUGAAAGGGACCUCGCUGAAGCUGCCAGCUCGCAUGCAUCGCGGUUACAAGGCUGUCGUCGACCAGAUGGUGGAGGAGGCGGGGCAGAUCCCAUUGCCAGAGGAUAUGGCAGAGACCAUUUCGGGUGACCAGUUCGAACUCAAUCGCUUGAUUGACCGAGUCGUGGACGUCGUCCUCAAGCACCUUACCAAGGUCUUUUCCGACGAGUUCGGCACGCUGGCCUUACUUAUAUCGCAGUACAUGCGGAAGACUUCGCAGGUGCCCAGCUGCUGCCAGGGCGGCCUCCCCACGAGCAUGGAUGCGACAAACUUCUGCGGCAUGAGGGCGCAGUGCAUCAAGCAGGGGUUCGCCGACGUCUUUUGCGUCGUCCCGAACGCGGAGCUGAACGAAUGCAUCGCCAGCGUGACUGCUGCGCUGGGCGAGUACAAGUGCGCCAACGUGCCAUCGCAUGGGCUGCUGGGCAGGCUGCUUUCGCAGAGCGUCGCCGACCUCUGCAACGCCAUCAGGACCAAGAAGAGCAUCACUGCAUCACAGGGUGCGAAGGCCAGCCUCGUCGAUGCCGCGGCCAAGCUCGGCGUCGACCUCGAUCCCAAGAUUGAGCCUGCAAAGCAGACCGAGAAUCCAGGGGCCCAGAGCAGCGGCAGCUCGUCGUCGCAACACCUCGUCGUUCACGGAGGAGCCGCAACCAUCAACCCCGACCCGCUCGUCGCGAUGGUCGAGUCCGCUCGCAUGCCGCUGUCCAAUCUCUUCAG